CUAAAAGAAGGCUACCCGGUGACCACGCAUGAAGAAGGCCACCCACCACCCACGCACGAAAGCGCCCGCCUCCGUCGCCACUGACUUGACAUUUAUGUUUUUUAGUCUUCUAUAAGUUUUGCUGCCGAAAUUUCUCUUGGUCCUAUUCCUUGUUGUUGAUAACUAUUCUGGAACAUCCGCACGACAGGCAGGAUCAGUUAGAUUCAUCAAUCAUGAAUGUAGGAACUGAUAACUUUCGCCAUGAGAAAGUUCAAAGAUUUGAGGAAUUUGUUGACCGUCGCUUGAAACCCGACCUGGUUCAUGCAAUUGCUGAAAGGGACAAAGUGUUUGAGCAGCAGAAGGUGUUUUCAGACCUUCGAAAAAACAUCGAAAAUCUGGAGAAGAACAGUAUAACUAACCUCAGAACGUUGGUCAAUCUUGGCUCUGAAGUCUAUGUGCAAGGCGAUGUGCCAGAUACACGAAGCAUAUUUGUAGAUAUUGGGCUUGGGUUUCAUGUGGAGUUCACAUGGUCUGAAGCUUUAAAUUUCAUUUCUCUUAGAGAAGAAAGAUUAGCCAGACAGAUAGAAGAGUACACCCAGUUAAUUGCAUCAAUUAAAGCGCAGAUCAAGUUGGUUUGCGAAGGGAUUCGAGAAUUAUUACAACUUCCAGCAGAGAGGAGUGUUGAAGGGCAUGUAUUUUGAGUAUGCUUUUUUCUGAUAGUUCUUGCUUUUCUGGGAAUGGAGAUGGUCCUGAGUCAUUUGCUGUUACAAAAAUUCCUUUUUAAUAGCUCUUUUGUAAGCUUUUUAUAUUUAGACCUUUAGAAAAGAAAAAUAUAGUUCCCCUUUACACUACAUAUUUGAGUCA